CUCUUGUUGUAUGAAGAUGUAUGUUUCGUACCGAUAGAUAGUGAUAAUUUCUAGUUAAAGGACAAACAGUUUCGUUCUGGCCGUGGAGGUUUCUGGUAGCGUUUCCGAUACAACCGGGCAUAGUGCAACGUGAGCCAAAUGUGCGACGACGAUGCAGGGGCACUUGUUGUUGACAAUGGAUCUGGAAUGGUAAAGGCUGGUUUUGCCGGUGAUGAUGCACCACGUUCCGUAUUUCCCUCGAUCAUAGGUCGCCCUAGGCAUCAGGGUGUGAUGGUCGGAAUGGGUCAGAAGGACUCAUACGUAGGCGAUGAAGCGCAAUCGAAGAGGGGUAUUCUAUCCUUGAAAUAUCCAAUUGAGCACGGUAUAAUCACCAACUGGGAUGACAUGGAAAAGAUUUGGCAUCAUACUUUUUACAAUGAGCUGCGUGUGGCCCCGGAGGAACAUCCGAUUUUGCUGACUGAGGCUCCGCUGAAUCCCAAGACCAACCGGGAGAAGAUGGCACAGAUCAUGUUCGAGACCUUCAACUCACCAGCAAUGUAUGUUGCCAUCCAGGCUGUUCUGUCCCUUUAUGCAUCCGGUCGUACAACUGGGAUCGUUUCAGAUUCCGGUGAUGGGGUAUCGCAUUCUGUUCCAAUAUUCGAGGGAUAUGCUUUGCCCCAUGCUAUCCUUCGUUUGGAUUUGGCUGGUCGUGAUUUAACCGACUACCUAAUGAAGAUCAUGACAGAGCGUGGAUAUGGUUUCUGCACCUCAGCUGAGCGUGAAAUUGUCCGCGAUAUCAAAGAAAAACUGUGCUACGUCGCUCUUGAUUUCGAACAGGAGACUCUAUCAGCAACAGGCUCCUCUGGUUUGGAGAAGUCAUAUGAGUUACCCGAUGGGCAGGUCAUAACCAUUGGAUCAGAGCGUUUCCGUUGCCCUGAAGCACUCUUUCAGCCAUCUUUCUUAGGCAUGGAGAUUUGUGGCGUCCAUGAAACAGUUUACAGAGGUAUCAUGCUGUGUGACGUUGACAUUCGUAAGGAUCUGUAUGCUAACAUAGUACUUUCCGGAGGGUCUACUAUGUACCCAGGUAUUGCGGAUCGAAUGCAGAAGGAGAUCACUGGGAUGGCUCCAUCAACCAUCAAGAUUAAAAUUAUAGCACCGCCUGAGCGUAAAUAUUCCGUCUGGAUAGGAGGAUCUAUUUUGGCUUCACUGUCCACCUUUCAGUCGAUGUGGGUAUCUAAACAGGAGUAUGACGAGUCCGGCCCAUUAAUUAUUCACCGCAAGUGUUUUUAGGUAUUAAUCUUCCUUAAGAUACUACUAAUAUUUAGGAGGAACUGGGCCAAUUCGGACCUAGUAAGGAUUUAUGAGCUAUAUGACUGCAACGUAUCAACCGAUUCACAAAUAAAUGUGUUUUCCCGAAAGCCUGA